UCUUGUAGUGUUGUCACCUGCUUUUCUUCUCCCUUUCGUCAUCAUCUCUCUACUUGCUUCUCUAUAUAACAAACUACUCUUUACAUCAAUAUCAUAUCAUGGGUGAUCAUAGCAGCUCACAAGCAUCUUACAUCCAUUUGGUGCAUCAUUUGAUAGAAGAAUGUAUAGUCUUCAACAUGGGCAAAAAAGAGUGUAUGGAUGCUCUGUUUAAGCAUGCUAAUAUCAACCCUAUCAUCACUUCCACGGUGUGGAAGGAGCUAGAGAAAGAGAACAAAGAGUUCUUCGAGGCAUACGAGAGAAGAAGAGAAGAAAUACCGACCGAGAAAGAGACGGCUCGAAGAAUCCGAGAUUUGCUUUCACGAACUAAAAUCUAAGAUCACAAUACCUACUUGCUUAUGCAUACACAUAUAUGCAUGUAUGUGUAUGAAUGUAUGAAUAAACCGAAUUUUAUAAUAUACUCAAUGGGAAGUGAUGAUUAUGUACUGUAAUUUCCAGUAAGGGAUGAAUAAUUUUAUUAAUGGGGAAAUGACAUUUUCAU